UGUUGUUCUCUCUUUCUCACAUGUCUAUAAAUCUCUUGUUCCUCGUACAUCUCAGAGACUCAGACCAAAAUCACAAUGAAGAACGAAGUCUAUGUUGGAGCAAGGAUUUUCAGAAAUAAAUCUUAUUAGGAGUCCAAUGUCCUUUGUUAUAGGACUUGGGCUAAAAAGCUUUCGAUAAGGGCGACUAGUAAAACCCAAGCCCAAUAACCUCUUAAAACACACACAUACGCAUCCUUUCCUCUUCACUCAUUCCUAUCACAGGUAGUGAAAAAACAACUUUGGGAAGAGAAGAUCCUACAACUUUCGGCUAACCAAUAAAUUUUAAGGUUCAAGUUGACAUCGCUUGGCGCACUUGAGUUGAACUUGGUUAGCCUUGCGAGGUAACUGUGCAGAGAAAUGGCAAAAGGUCUCAUAUGGGCAACAGCAGAGGAUUUGGCGAGGAAUAGAGGACGAGUUCUCUCUCUUUAUCGCCAGAUAUUGCGAAGCAUCAACUCCCCAAAGCUUCCACUCACUUUUGCAGCAAGAUUGGCUAAGAAAGCAGAGGUUCGUGCUAUCUUCCUGUUGGCUUCUGAAGAGACAUCCCUGCAUAACAUUGAAGACCUUAUUGACACUGCUGAGUACUCUCUUUCCCUUCUAAGAAAAGGCGAAAUCCCCAAAUACAUACAAUGAUUCAUUUUAAUUUUCUUACAGAUGAUUCAGUAUUUGUUGCGACUUGUUGCUGAGUGCUUGCUCUUUGGGGAACUGGGUCUACUGGUUUGUUGGUGAAAAUCACAUCUUGAGGGUUCAAGGUAUGUUAGAGAAAGACUUACUUCCUAUGAUGUGCAGACAAUAUUGGGGAGCUGAUUUGUAUUCAAUGCCAAAGAAUGAUUUUUCUUCAUAAGAUGCGCUCCAAACAAUUUGUAUCUAAAAAAAAAAAAAAAAAUUUGAGAUAUUGUUAUUAAUAAGCCUGAUGUGGGAAGGUUUCUAAAAGUUGCA